AGAUUUUAAAGAAGGAAGUUCCAGUAUUCAAAUGAAAAUGAAGACACUACUCCUUAUCGCGCUCCUAGCUGCAGCAUCAGCCUCAGAAGUCGUCAAUGAUGUGCCAGCUGCAGAAGAAAUAGAUAAUAUUGAAUUCGUCGAAUUAGAAGAAAUUCAGAAACUAUUAGGCUUGGAUCCGGCAUACCCAGUGAAGAUUCUGACAGAAAAUGAUGAAGAUGGUGAUGAAUAUGGUACUUUAUUGUUCGAUUCAAUGUUAAUAGAUCCGUCUGAAGUUCAGGUUGAUGAUGAUCCGUCUGAAAUCCUGGUUGGUGAUGGCGAGGAGCCAAAUUUAGGUAUGAAGUGGCUAGGCGAUGCAGUAUAACCAUAAGACUGCAGUAAGCUAGAGAUUGCGAAUUAUAUUUUUAACAAAUUUAUCUGGUGGUAAAAUAUUUUGUGAUUACUAUCAAUUAAUAGAAAACAUACACACGCAAAUACACUCACUCAUACACAUACACACACGUAUUCACACACACACACACACACAC